GUGUGCGAGCGAGAGGGUGCACAGGCGAGAGGCAUGUGAGAGUAGCGAGAGCAGGUGAUCAGGCGAGAGCCAGGGGGGUGAGCCAGAGAAUCGACAAGCCACCGAGUGAGCAGGUGAAAUCAGAGAUGGGCGAGCGCACGGGCAGGCGAGAGGGUGAGUGUAUGAGAAAUCGAGCCAUUGAGACGACGCUAGCGGUCGAGAGUGAGGUCGAGAGGACGCGCGAGAGCAAGACAGGGAGGGGACGAGAAGUCGAGAGUGAGCAUGUAAGAGGGCGGAAGGCUGAAAGCACGAGUACUAUGCAGGCAAGGCAAGGCAGGCGAGAAAAAGGCCCCAUUGGCAGAGUAGGGCGGAGAGUGUCGGAUGCGAGAGGAGUGUGCAAGAGGGGCGACUCUGACCAGUGACGUCGAGCCUUCCCACACUCUUCCUAGGUGCUCAUA